CUGGUAUACUAAUCCGCGAAGUUCCGACAUCUUGACUCAAAUACGAGGCGGAUAUACGUGACCACUAUCAAGAUGCAAGGGUUCAAUGUAACAAUAGCUGAACUGAUCGACUAUCUUGCGCAGUCAUCGACUUGUCUGAUGACAUAUGGCUCCCGAGACGCCUCAGUUUAUUUAAGCUUCGUGGCAUGGAGCCUCGACCUAGCAACGAGGGUUACGAAGCCCUCUGGAGCGCAUUGCACCUCCCUUCUAUAUACAGCAUCAAAUCUGCAUGACUUUCUUGUUAAUCCCCAUUCUCUGUGAUCACGAUGUCUGGACUCGAGGUCAUUGCCCUAAUCCCCACGAUAAUCUCUGCCUUUGGUGCCAUCUCAGUUGAAUACAGAGAGUGGCGGAAACAGCGUGUCGAACGCGCGUACAAGAGAAAGAACCUUCAACUUCAGAAAUCCCUCGCAGGCAAUGGUGGUGCAGUGCAGGGAGGGUUUGAUUAUGGAUUAACAGCUGUGGGACCAGCUUUUCGGGAAGGCGAUGGUAUCGCGAGGGAAACCCUUAUGAACCACCUCAUUAUCCUCCAGUCGACUGUCAUCUCCCUCCUCCGCGAACAACAGAACGAAGCCUCUCAUUUUAUCCACCCCAACCACGACUCCAUUCAGAGCACCACAAGCCGAACGCGCGAUGGAAUCCUUACUGCGCUGUCAGAGCAGUGCCAGCGCCUCACCCAAGCGAAGCCAAUCGAGCGGAUCGAGGGAUCCACGGCACGGACUCUUCUUCCGUGGACGGGAAACUGCCUUAACGCUCUGACGUGCGAGUAUGUCGAGUCUGACACUAACCCCCUGUUGUUCGGUGGGUUAGGUGCAAUGACGAGAUUUCGCGUGUCACGCCAGUACUAUAGCUUCAACUGUGCCAGUUGUGACUGGCAUGGUACUCACGAGGAGACCUGGCCGGUCCCUAGGACUAAGGACGGCCAUUGGAUUGAUGUGAAACUCGUUCUCGAUCGGUUUCAUUAUUGUGAAACCUUAAAGUGGCAUAACCGGAUGACGUUUCGGUGCUACCUUUGCAAGAAGUACUUGUUUGGCGACAGAAAAGGGGGAGGGGGAUGGAAGAAGGUUGUGAUGCACAUUCAAUUGAAGCACUGUCUGCAGGAGUUUCAACCACUUUAGCUUUAAGGGUUUACACGAUAAAGGACGCCGAUGGUUAUGUAUAUCGAAACAGGAGCGGAGGCCAGGUAUUUAUCUUCGUUAAGCCAUCACUUUUGUAACUAUAUACCUCCGAUAAAAGAUCGUAUGGCCUGCGACCUGGGGCAAGUGGAAUAUGGAAUGGAAAUUCUCAUCUCAUAGCAACCGUAGCCAAACAAGGC